CCGCCACGGACCGCCAUGACCCCGCGAUUGAGACACCGGCCCCAGGUAGAGGAGGAGGAUGCGUCUGUGCUCAAGCUCGGAGCAGAAUUCAACAACGCGGGUUGUUUGCUCAUUUCGGAGGUGAAGUAUCUGCUCGAGAACCGAGACAAGGAUGCACCGGACACUGCUGUGUACAACAAGACACUAGAAUACGUGAAGACGUUUGCGAAGUUCAACACCACAGAUUCUGCUAGUGCUGUUCGAGAAACAUUACGAAGAGAACCGGCUCUCACACAGUUUGAAACAGCACAAAUAGCCAACCUCUGUCCAGCGGACGCCGAGGAAGCGAAGAGUGUCAUCCCAAGUCUUGUCAAGAUCGAUGACGAUCGACUCCAAGCUCUUCUGAACGAGAUUCAGACCAUGAGGAAGUUCCAAUCAUGA